AUGGCGCUCCGACAAGAAGAAACACUUUCUCUCGCAAGGAAGACAACAGAACAAGAACCUUCUCAAGAUAUCAUUUUCCGGUCCAAACUUGCUGAUAUCUCUAUUCCAAACCACCUUCCUCUCAUCGAUUACAUCUUCCAGAGAUUCUCCGGCGGCGGAGACGACGGUGGUUCCACCACCACAUGUCUCAUAGACGGUGUCACCGGACGCAUCUUUACCUACGCCGACGUACAAAUCACUCUAAGGAGAAUCUCUGCAGGACUCCAUCGGCACGGGAUCCGCCACGGUGACACCGUGAUGCUCCUUCUCCCAAACUCGCCGGAGUUUGCUCUAUCUUGCCUCGCCUUAGCUUACCUCGGAGCCAUAUCGACCCCUGCUAAUCCGUUAUUUACCCCACCUGAGAUCGCAAAACAGGCAAAAGCCUCCGCCACGAAGAUGAUCAUUACAAAGCCAUGUUACGUCGAUAAGCUAACAAACCUUGAAAACGUUUUGAUAGUUUGCGUAGACGAAUACGACAUUCCGUUACCGGAGGGAUGCUUGAGUUUCACAGAACUGACUCAAGCGGACGAGAAUGAGCUUCCUAAACCGGAGAUCUCGCCGGAGGAUACGGUGUUGAUGCCGUUCUCCUCCGGGACCACGGGACAUCCAAAGGGAGUAAUGAUUACUCACAAGGGAGUAGUUACGAGCACCGCUCAGAAAGUCGACGGAGAAAACCCUCAUCUCAACUUCACAAGAGAUGACGUCAUCAUAUGUUUUCUCCCAAUGUUUCACACUUACACCCACAACUCGCUGAUGCUUUCGGCGAUGAGGGCCGGUGCGGCGUUCUUGAUCUUGAUAGAACCAUCUAGUUGUGUUCCGGAUUGGAAGUUCAACGGUCAGGUGCCUGAUUAG